CGGCAUUAAUCCCAACUUUUUUUUUUCUAUCACUUUACCACCGAGGUUACUAACAAACGUCGACCAGGCGAAAGUAAAAAGAUAGUGAAGCUCGAGUCAGCUUCGCUUCUAUAGCGCGAACCCUGUAUAAGGGAACACACCUAUAUCGAUCGAUGACGACCCGGUGAGAAUAAAGCUCUCAAGAUGCCUUCGGGAGCAUUGGGUCGCGCUGUAGUGGGAUGCCUCCCGCAACGCGGCGUCGGCAUCACCAAGAGCUUUUCACACCAACCCGCUCUCCUGUCAUGCUAUGGGCUUUGCGCCCCUUCUAAGCGACCAAUUGGACUUGAUCCUCCUUCGCCAUCGCUCUUCCAGACCUCCCCCACCGUUUUCAAGACGAAUUAUCACUCAUCUCGCAAUAUCCGAUCGCAAACGCCGUCAGCCUUUUCUCCGAGGCUCGGCGUUACUUCCACGUCGCGAAUACGAGUAUCGAAUCCGCCAUGGAACUCUCCAGCUGGCGUGUUAAAACAACUCUCUACGAACCAACCGUCUGGCCGGGAACAUCUUAAUGUGACUACCCCGAGUAAUGAGAAAAGGGACAUCAGUGUCGUUGCGUCGACGACGGCUAAGAACACGGAAGACAAUGCGCAAUCUUAUGAAGGCUUCGGAAAGAGCGAAAAGGCUUCGAAGGCAGCUCAGGUAAAUCUACGCGCUCGUCUUUCCCACGAUGGGAAAGAUGGCAAGAGAAUGUCAGCAUCGUUCAACGAGGUUUGGCGUCUCAUCAAGAUUGCGCGGCCAGAGGCUAAAAAUCUUAUCAUUGCUGUGGUCUUACUGCUUCUCUCUUCGGCUCUCUUCGUCUCGCUCCCUCUGGUUGUUGGCAAAGUCAUGAAUCUGGCUACCGCGAAUAAUGCUGAGGAUACGGUGAUCUUCGGCCUGUCGCUCUACCAGUUCUUCUUUGCGUUUGGUCUGGCUCUUACCCUUGGUGCGUGCGCUAACUUUGGACGUAUCGUUCUGCUGCGCAUCGUGGGUGAGCGAGUUGUCACGCGCUUGCGAUCACAGCUAUUCCGGAAGACCUAUAGUCAAGAUGCCGAAUUCUUCGAUGCGAACAGGGUUGGUGACCUAAUUUCUCGACUCGGCACGGACACUAUUAUAGUAGGCAAGAGUAUUACGCAGAAUGUAUCGGAUGGAUUAAGAUCAAUGGUCAACAGCGUUGCGGGACUUGGAUUGAUGGCCUGGAUUAGCCCUAGCCUCACUGCCAUUAUCUUGCUCGCCGCCCCUUUCAUUGGUACCGCCUCUUUCGUAUACUCUCGCGUCAUCCGGAGGAUCAGUCGCAAGAUGCAGCAGAACUUGGGAACUCUUACUAAGAUCGCCGAAGAACGCUUGGGAAACGUGAGGACCAGUCAGGCUUUUGCUGGCGAGGCUCAGGAGGUCCGUCGAUACAACAACCAGGUCAGGAAAGUCUUUGAGCUUGGGAAAAAGCAGUCGAUAUACGACGCAUCGUACUUUUCUGGAACAUCCUGGAUGGGAAAUAUGACGAUAAUCGCCUUGCUCUGGUUUGGCGGAAAUCUCGUGAGAGACGGCGUAAUGACAGCUGGCGAUCUGACUACUUUCGUCAUGUACACGUUCUGGGCCGGUGGUGGUUUGUUUGGUGUCGCCAAUUUCUACUCAGAACUCAUGAAAGGAGUCGGCGCCGCUACCCGUAUCUUCGAACUUCAAGAUCGGGAAUCGGGUAUCUCCGCGACUAAAGGGGUCAAAGUCACAUCAGCACAAGGUCCCAUCAGAUUUGAGAAUGUCUCCUUCGCCUAUCCUACGCGCCCUGCUGUGAUGAUCUUUAACAGCGUAGACUUUGAGAUACCGUCAGGAACUAAUGUGUGCAUAGUCGGGCCCUCGGGUGGAGGAAAAUCGACCGUCUCAUCUUUGUUACUAAGGUUCUAUAAUCCCACUUCUGGUACUAUCACGAUUGACGGCAUGGACAUUACUAAAAUGAACGCUAAGUCACUACGACGCCGCAUCGGGAUGGUGUCUCAGGAGCCAGUAUUAUUUUCGGGUACAGUGGCUGAAAAUAUUGCAUAUGGAAAACCAAAUGCUACAAGAACGGAGAUUAUAACGGCGGCUCAAAAAGCCAAUUGUGGUUUCAUUGCCGACUUUCCGCAAGGUCUAGAGACGCAAGUCGGCCCCAGAGGCGCCCAGCUGUCCGGGGGUCAGAAACAACGCAUUGCUAUUGCAAGGGCACUCAUCAAGGAUCCUGAUAUUCUCAUCCUGGACGAGGCUACUUCAGCUUUGGAUGCAGAAUCUGAAACAGCCGUCAACCUAGCCUUGGCAGCACUACUCAAGGGUCGCCGGCGUACAACUAUCUCUAUUGCUCAUCGUCUCUCUACGAUAAAGCGUUCGGAAAAGAUCAUCGUACUAUCUAACCAGGGCACAGUCGCUGAAGUUGGAUCCUACGAGGAAUUAAGCGCGAACCCGCACAGCGAAUUCACCCGACUGAUGGAGUGGCAGAUGAGCGGAGGUGAGAUUUCGACAAAGCCUCAUAAUCCCUCACUCUCGGAAUCUGAGAUCAUCGAGGAAGAACUUGAGGAAGAUAACGACGAGGAGCUCGGUGAAGAAGAGGAGGAGGAAGUAAAGCAAAAAUCGAAGAAGUAAGAAUUGCGCAUCUCAUACACUACCUCCUAUACAACGCAGAUUUUGCAUGAAAACAACGGAACGGCGGCGAAAGUGUCUCGCGAUUUUUCUAGUUUCCUGCGUAUUCACGGGGGACACUUGCAAUUAAAAAAGUUAGGCUCUUAGAGAAGGGGAAAAAAGGGGGGCACCGGAUAUGCGAGAAGAGCAUGUAGGAGGAGAGGUGUUUAGGUGAUAAUGAACGAACAACUCAUAUGUAUGUAUAGUAUGUACGUGUACCUAGAGUAAUACGUCCGGAACUCCACUCGAUUUAGGUAAAUAGUAUACCACGGCGAGGCAUAAGUCGGGCUUAGGGGAAUAGAGUCUGCGGAUCCCCUUGGAUAGAAAGGACAAGAGGUAGGUAAGGGCUGGUUGGCUCGACGGGGCGGGGCUUGUAGAAUAAUAUAUACACCUACGGUGCAAUAAAUAAAAGGAGUAAAUUGUA